CAGAGAAUACCUCAAUGUCAAGAAUUGCGUGAAAAACACUAUUCACAAAUACUGCCAACUCAAAGGGGACAUCCAAGAGGCAUUUGACUAUCAGUUUGACAAUUACAACCCAUUCUGCCCAAAAAGUGUGGACCCAGGCAGUAAAGUAUCGAGUAUUGCUGUCUCCAAGGUUGCAAUUGUUAUUUCUUUGGUUGCGGCUGCCAUACAGGCACUGUAAGGAAGCAUCCAUUCUUUCAAAGGGGAGGGGAAAUCUUUCGAAAUUUUUUUAUAGAAAAACCAACAAUGCUCCUUCUCAAAGAAAUAAAUAUCAUAACCCUACCCAUUGGUUUUGCAAUCUUCUUCAGUGGUAAAAUUUUGAAUUGAAUGAAAAAUAAAUACCAAUGAUUUUCCCUUUCUGGCUGUGUAAGAACUCAAUGACCUUUCAAUAGUUUCCUUCUGCCCCUCCCCUCUUCUAGAAAAUGAAUGCUUCCCAAACAGAAGUUCACAUUUAGAUUUAAAUUUUGGUAAAUUUUGUAGUAUCAGGAUGAGUUUUGAUUGAUUUUAUGUUAAUAUUCGAUUCUUUGUGUUUGAGUUAAAUGUCAGCAUGCUUGCAAAUGUGGUUCCAUAGUCUAGGAAAGGGCAAACCCAGUGAUUUGCAAUAAUAAUGAUGAUGAUAAUUUGUAACUAGGAUACCAGACUACAAAAGGUUCCAUUGGAUUUUAUGUAAUAAUUGU